UUUGCAGCCAAUCAGUAUUCCCGGCGGCUAUGUGAUACUGAGUGUAGUACCGUAUGUGUGGUGAUGUUGGAAGGGAAGGUUUCCGGGUGCGGUGUGUACAGGAGGAGCUGUCCUUGUAGUAAGAGGUCUUUUGCUAUGCACUGUGCAUGAAACUGGAGCACCAGAAAGUGACAGAUGGUGGGGCCGCCACUGGUUUCCAGUAUGUUUAGAAACACAAAGAAGAUAAUGGAAAUUGCAUUACCUUUAUUUGCAGCCUUGCGUACGCACUGGAGAAGCAUGAGGGAUUGUUGCAUGAGUUGAAUCUGCUGUUACUGCCUUGGGCUGAUCGUGACAUCAUUCUGUGUUAUCUCCAAGCAAGUCUGUCAUCACAAUGAAUCUUGUAGUGGCAAAGCUGUUGUGCCUGCUAGCAGUAUUUGUGCUGAUGAUGCUGGGUGCGCUUGGGCCUGUCAAGCUAAUUGUGCCAGAUUUUGAGAGAUCCUCCCAUUCACAAAGGAUCCUUUCCCUGUGUAAUUCCUUUGCUGGAGGAGUAUUCUUGGCUACGUGCUUCAAUGCCCUGCUUCCUGCAGUAAGAGAAAAGUUUGAGGAAGUUCUAAAAAUGGGCAAUGUCAGCACAGACUAUCCACUGGCAGAGACUGUUAUGCUGGUUGGAUUUUUCCUCACAGUCUUUGUGGAGCAAGUAAUCUUAACAUUCCGGAAAGAGAAACGUUCAUUUUAUGAUUUGGAAACCUUAAAUGUGGGAUCUGAUGCUGGUAGUGACUCGGAAUAUGAAAGCCCAUUUAUAUCCUCCAACCAGGACAACAACCAAUAUGAAAGAGGCCACAGCCACCACUCUCAUAGUCUAAAUAUCAGAGAACUCUCCAGGUCUGGUCCUCUUCGACUUGUCAGCUUAGUGUUUGCACUCUCUGCCCAUUCAGUAUUUGAAGGUUUGGCACUUGGCUUGCAGGAACAGGGGGAUAAGGUGCUUAACCUCUUUAUAGGUGUUAUAAUUCAUGAAACCUUAAUUGCUGUGGCAAUGGGGGUGAACAUGGCAAAAGCAAAAACUUCAAUGAGAGAUGCUGUGAAGAUGGCUGUUUUAGUGAGCAUAAUGAUUCCUAUAGGUAUUUCAAUUGGAUUGGCCAUUGAGAGUGCCCAGAACAUGGCGAGCAGUAUAACUUCAGCUCUCUUACAAGGCCUUGCAGCGGGGACUUUCCUCUUUGUUACCUUUUUUGAAAUUUUGGUGAAAGAGCUUGAGGAUAAAUAUGAUCGUUUACUGAAAGUACUUUUCUUGGUUCUUGGAUAUGCUGUUUUAGCAAUACUAGUCUUCUUUUAAAUGGUAGAUAAGAGUAAGUGUAUUUAUAUAUCUUCUAGAAUAGUAAACCUACUUUUUUCCUCUUCUUCUUUUUUUUUUUUUUCUUCUUUUUAUGCCUUUUAGUUAUGGUAACAAAGGCACAUUGGUUAUUCCAUGAAAAUGGCAUACCAGGUAUAACAUGCUCUCCCUUUUUUGGUGGUAGUGGGGGAUAUGGGAGGACUUGAAUUAUAACGCUCCUUUUAAAGCAUUUUCUAUUGUUAAUAGAAGCUUAUUUUUAUUUAUUUUUUUAUUUUAUUUUUUUUGACAGAAACUAUAAUUGUUUUGCUCCGUUUUAUUUAUUUUUAA